CGGCGGCCGUGCGAGGCAAGCCAAGGCGGUGCGCAUGCGUAACCUGGCCUGGGCUGUGCCGCCGCGUCGCCUUCGGUCCUGCCUCCCUCCCUCCUUCCCUCCGUCCCUGGCGUGCGCGUGGCGGCUCCCCCUCUGCUGGCGGAGGCGAUUGCGGGGCCCGGGCGUUUCAUGGCUGGCCGCGGGGGAUCAUGACCGAUUACGGGGAGGAGCAGCGCAACGAGCUCGAGGCCCUCGAGUCGAUUUACCCGGACUCCUUUACAGUGUUAUCAGAAAACCCCACAAGUUUCACAAUCACAGUGACAUCUGAAGCAGGAGAAAAUGGUGAAACUGUUGAAGCAACCCUCAAAUUCACAUAUGCGGAGAAGUAUCCAGAUGAAGCCCCACUCUACGAGCUGUUUUCACAAGAGAAUUUAGAAGAUAAUGACAUUACAGACAUGCUGAAAUUAUUGCAAGAACAGGCAGAGGAGAACUUGGGUAUGGUUAUGAUUUUUACAUUAGUAUCGGCUGUACAAGAGAAAUUAAAUGAAAUAGUGGAUCAAAUAAAAACAAGAAGAGAAGAGGAAAAGAAACAGAAGGAAAAAGAAGCAGAGGAGGCAGAAAAGGUAAAGCAAUGUUUCCAUGGCACCCCAGUCACCAUUGAAAACUUCUUAAACUGGAAGGCAAAAUUUGAUGCAGAGCUCUUAGAAAUUAAAAGAAAAAAGAUGAAAGAAGAGGAACAGUCUGGGAAAAAUAAACUAACAGGAAAACAGCUGUUUGAGACAGAUCAUAAUCUUGACACAUCUGACAUUCAGUUUUUGGAAGAAGCUGGAAACAGUGUGGAAGUGGACGAAUCCUUGUUCCAGGAAAUGGAUGAUUUAGAGUUGGAGGAUGAAGAGGAUGAUCCAGAUUACAACCCUGUUCAUCUAGACAGCGACUAGACUGAAAUUGCUGUGCCAUCUAGACUGACCAAGAGAUCUGAAUACUUCUACACAGAGACACUCACGCAUGUCGGGUUCCUUUUCAGAAAGUAUUUCAGUGGCAGGAGAGUCCUCCUCUGGCAGCUUCCAUGACAGAAAAUAAACUGACUUUAACCUUUGAAAUGUAACUUGUUAAAUGUCUCUCUGGUGUUGAAGAAACUGAAGUGUGCCAACAAGGGUUAAAAUGCACCAAGUUGUGAACAUACGAUAAAUCUAAAACUGCUGUUUAAGGUCAAUGUCUUGGAUGUACAGUGAAAAUACAAAAACAAUGUUCGUGUUUUCUUUGUUCCCCA